UGAUCUUAAAUUAGCAGCAUUAGAAGCUAUUCAUCUAUCGGAUAUAAUCUAUACGCUUGGAAAUAUAAAAUUAACACAGAAUGAAAUAGAUCUAUUAUCGAAAGGUUUGAAAUUUAUUCCAAAUAAAUCCUUUCAUUUAAAUGAUCAACUUCGUUUAUGUAUAGUAUAG